AUGUUCAAGCUCGGACGCAGCCGUUUGGCUUCUGCCAUCCAAACUUCCUCGAGGGUCGCCGCCUCGCCUGCCAGAUUCCCAGGUCUCGCGCAGCAACAAAGAAGAAACCUCAGCAUCCACGAGUACCUUUCUGCCGACCUCCUGCGCCAGUAUGGAGUCGGUGUCCCCAAGGGUUCCGUCGCAAAGUCUGCCGCCGAGGCCAAGGCCAUCGCAAAGGAGAUUGGUGGUGAGGACAUGGUCAUCAAGGCCCAGGUCCUCGCUGGUGGACGUGGAAAGGGCACUUUCGACAACGGCCUCAAGGGCGGUGUUCGCGUCAUCUACUCCCCUACCGAGGCCGAGAUGUUCGCCGAGCAGAUGAUUGGCCACAAGCUCAUCACCAAGCAGACCGGCGCUGGCGGCAAGCUCUGCAACUCGGUCUACAUCUGCGAGCGCAAGUUCGCCCGCCGCGAGUUCUACCUCGCCAUUCUUAUGGACCGCGCCUCCCAGGCCCCCGUCAUCGUCUCCUCGUCCCAGGGCGGCAUGGACAUCGAGACGGUCGCCAAGGAGAACCCCGAUGCUAUCAUCACCACCAACAUCGACAUCAACAAGGGCGUCACCGACGAGAUCGCCCGCGAUAUCGCCGUCAAGCUCGGCUUCAGCGAGCAGUGCAUCGAGGACGCCAAGGACACCAUCCAGAAGCUCUACAAGAUCUUCCUCGAGAAGGACGCCACCCAGAUCGAGAUCAACCCCCUCUCCGAGACCUCUGACCACAAGGUCCUCUGCAUGGAUGCCAAGUUCGGCUUCGACGACAACGCCGACUACCGCCAGAAGGACAUCUUCGCCCUGCGCGACACCACUCAGGAGGACGCCGACGAGGUCCGCGCUGCCGAGUCCGGCCUCAACUUCAUCAAGCUCGACGGUGACAUUGGCUGCCUCGUCAACGGUGCCGGUCUGGCCAUGGCCACCAUGGACAUUAUCAAGCUGAACAAGGGCACGCCCGCCAACUUCCUCGACGUCGGUGGUGGUGCCACUCCCGCCGCUAUCAAGGAGGCCUUCGAGCUCAUCACGAGCGACCCCAAGGUCUCCGCCAUCUUUGUCAACAUCUUUGGUGGUAUCGUCCGUUGCGACCUCAUCGCCCAGGGUCUCAUCAACACCUCCAAGGAGCUCAACCUCAAGAUCCCCAUCAUCGCCCGUCUGCAGGGUACCAACGUUGAGGCCGCCCACGAGAUCAUCAACAACUCGAGCAUGAAGAUCUUCUCCAUCGACGAUCUCCAGACCGCUGCCGAGAAGGCCGUCCAGCUGUCCAAGGUUGUGAAGAUGGCACGCGAUAUUGACGUCGGCGUCGAGUUCACCCUGGGUAUCUAA